AGAAGGGGGGAGGGGGGGAGAAACAAACAAAACGUAGCAAGAGGAAGAGGAGCCGCGUGCAAGAAAACGCGUGCAGCUUUGCUCUCACCUAGAGAGUGUAUUUAAAACACACACAGAUGAGUGUGUCAAAAGUGAAGAUGCCGUGGCUUCCCGCAUCGUGGUUUACGCACUUGCUGUGGAUUUUAAGCCUCGUCAGCCGCUCCAGCGCAGCUCUCCCGUCAUCCCAGAAAUGCGACGAAGCCUUGGCCACACCCCUCCCCCACAAUGCAUUCACCAGUUCCUCUGUGUUCUCCAGUGGAUAUGCCGCCGGGUACGCCAAGCUGAAUAAGAGAGGAGGUGCUGGCGGAUGGUCUCCUCUGGACAGUGACCAUUACCAGUGGCUGCAGGUAGACUUGGGGAGCAGGAAACAAGUGACUGCCAUUGCCACACAGGGCAGGUACAGCAGCUCUGACUGGACAACAAGGUACCGACUCCUCUACAGUGACACUGGAAGGAACUGGAAACCUUACCACCAGGAUGGAAACAUUUGGGCGUUUGCAGGAAACUCAAACACCGAGAGCGUGGUCCGCCAUGACCUGCAGCAUGCCAUUGUGGCACAGUACUUGAGGAUUGUUCCACUGGACUGGAGUGGAGAGGGACGCAUUGGGUUGAGGAUAGAAAUCUACGGCUGCCCCUACUGGGCAGAUGUGAUAAACUUUGAUGGCCAGGGGGUGAUCUCCUACCGCUUUAAAAUGAAGAAGAUGAAGAUCCUGAAAGAUGUUAUUGCCCUGAAGUUCAAAACGUCCGAGAGUGAGGGGGUCAUUCUGCAUGGGGAGGGACAGCAAGGCGACUACAUCACCCUGGAGCUGAAAAAGGCCAAGCUGGUGUUGCAGAUAAACCUGGGUAGCAAUCAGUAUGGCUCCAUACUUGGGCACACGUCAGUGACCAGCGGAAGCCUACUGGAUGAUCAUCACUGGCAUUCUGUGGUCAUCGAGCGAUACAGGAGGAACGUCAACUUCACCCUGGACAGGCACACACAGCACUUCCGCACCAAUGGAGAGUUUGACCAUCUCGAUCUGGACUACGAGCUCAGCUUCGGGGGAAUGCCAUACUCUGGGAAACCCAGUACAGGAAACAGGAAGAACUUUAAGGGCUGCAUGGAGGGCAUCAACUACAACGGUGACAACAUCACUGACCUGGCCAGAAGGAAGAAACUGGACACAUCGAGCUUUCGUAACCUCAGUUUCAGCUGUGUGGAAUCCCAUACGUCCCCCGUAUUCUUCAAUGCCACCAGCUUCCUCGAGCUCCCUGGGCGGAGUGACCACGAAGUGGCAUCUGUUAGUUUUCAGUUCCGCACCUGGAAUCCUAGCGGCCUGCUGCUCUUCAGUCCCCUGGCUGAUGGCACGCUGGAGGUUGGCCUGAGUGAGGGCAAGGUCAGCGUCCACAUCAACGUCACGCAGAAGAAGAACACACGCAUAGAUAUAUCAUCAGGUUCAGGACUGCAUGAUGGACAGUGGCAUGAUGUGCGCUUCUUGGCCAAGGAGAACUUUGCAAUGCUAACGAUUGAUGGUGAUGAGGCUUCUGCGGUGAGGACCAACACACCCAUACAGAUCAAGACAGGAGACUCAUACUACUUUGGAGGUUACUUUCGGCACACUGGACCAGCACCCAUACAGCGGUCCUUCCAGGGCUGCAUGCAGCUGAUCCAUGUGGAUGACCAGCUGGCCGACCUGCAUGCCGUGGAGCAGGGCAAACUGGGAUCCUUUGAGAAUGUCAGCCUGGACAUGUGUGCCAUCAUAGACAGGUGUAUGCCCAACCACUGCGAGCAUGGCGGCAGAUGUACCCAGACCUGGGACAGUUUCAGCUGCACCUGUGAUGGAACUGGAUACUCUGGAGCAACGUGUCAUACCUCAAUCUAUGAGCAGUCCUGUGAGGCAUACAAGCACCUUGGCAAGACAUCGGAUACCUACUGGAUUGAUCCAGAUGGGAGCGGCCCUCUUGGUCCUUUCAGGGUCAACUGCAACAUGACAGAGGACAUGGUGUGGACGACGGUGAUGAAUAACCUCCCCCCUCAGACAUCCGUGACCGGCUCCAGCAGGGAGAGGCGUACGGUGCUCCAGCUCAACUACAGCGCCUCCAUGGAUCAGGUGUCUGCCAUCACCAGCAGUGCGGAGCAUUGCGAGCAGCACGUGGCCUACAGCUGCCGCAUGUCCCGUCUGCUCAACACGCCAGAAGGAACACCAUAUACCUGGUGGAUUGGGAAGGGCAGCGAGAAGCACUUCUACUGGGGUGGCUCAGGGCCUGGCAUCCAGAAGUGUGCCUGUGGAAUCGAGCGCAACUGUACUGACCCAAAGUACUACUGCAACUGCGAUGCAGACCAGAAGCAGUGGAGAGAAGAUUCCGGACUUCUGGUGUAUAAGGAGCACUUACCUGUCAACCAGGUGGCUGUUGGGGAUACGAACCGACCCGGGUCUGAAGCAAAGCUCACUGUGGGGCCUCUGCGUUGUCAAGGAGACAGAAAUUACUGGAACGCAGCAUCCUUCAACACACCUUCCUCCUACCUGCAUUUCUCCACCUUCCAAGGGGAGACAAGCGCCGACAUCUCCUUCUACUUCAAGACUUCCGCUCCUUAUGGCGUCUUCCUCGAGAAUCUGGGCAACACCGACUUCAUCCGCCUGGAGCUGAAGUCCCCCACUGUGGUGUCCUUUUCCUUCGAUGUGGGUAACGGGCCGGUGGAACUAGCGGUCCGCUCGCUCGCGCCACUCAACGACGACCAGUGGCACCGGGUCAGCGCCGAGAGAAACGUGAAGGAAGCCGUCCUGCAGCUGGACCAGCAGUACAGGGAGGUGCGGCCGGCGCCUUCCCAGGGACACACCCGCCUGGAGCUGUACAGUCAGCUCUAUGUGGGGAAGCCAGGAUCCUGGGCCUGUCUGGACAGCGCUGCAGGAGGACAGAAGGGCUUCCUUGGCUGCAUCCGUUCCCUGAAGAUGAACGGCGUGACCCUGGACCUGGAAGAAAGAGCUAAGGUUACGCCCGGGGUGAAGCCCGGCUGCUCGGGGCACUGCACCAGCUACGGAAUGUACUGCCGAAAUGGAGGGAAGUGCAUUGAGAAAUACAACGGCUACUCGUGUGACUGCACCUCCACUGCCUAUGAUGGGACCUUCUGUACAAAAGAUGUCGGUGGUUUCUUUGAGGCUGGAACUCUGGUCAAGUACAACUUUAUGCCGGAGAACACAGCAGCAGUGGCAUCCAAAGACACAAAGGGCCUUUCCCGCAAUGUGGCUCCAGAGGGCAACCUGACACGGGAGGACUUGGCCUUCAGCUUCAGCACCUCCAGCGCACCCAGCAUCCUGGUCUACAUCAGCUCCAGGACCCAGGACUACAUGGCUGUAGUGCUGCGCCACAAUGGGACACUGCAGAUCCGCUACAACCUGGGUGGACUGCAGGAGCCGUUCACCAUCGACGUGGACCAACGCAAUCUAGCCAAUGGGCAGCCGCACACGGUCAACAUCACCCGCGUGGACCGGAACAUUCAGCUACAGCUGGAUCACUACCCCCCGGUGAGCUAUGCCCUGCCUGACGCCUCUGACACCCAGAUUAACCUUGUCAAGACGCUCUUCCUGGGCAAGGUUUUUGAAACGGGUCAGAUCGACCCGGUCCUGAUUGAGAAGUACAACACGCCGGGCUUUGUGGGCUGCCUCUCGAGGGUGCAGUUCAACGGCAUCGCCCCUCUGAAGGCCGCGUUGAGGUCGCGCAUCGCUGCCCCUGUGUCCGUCCAAGGGAAACUGGUAGAGUCCAACUGUGGGGCCUCCCCCCUGACCAUCCCACCAAUGUCUGCUGCCACAGACCCAUGGCACCUGGAUUCAGCUGGCGCUGAUUUCCCGUUCAAUGAGGAACGAGUGAUACCUGACGGAGUCAACAGGAAUUCCGCAAUAAUCGGAGGUGUCAUCGCCGUGGUGAUCUUCACCAUCCUGUGCACACUGGUGUUCCUCAUUCGCUACAUGUUCCGUCACAAGGGCACCUACCACACCAACGAGGCAAAGGGCGUGGAGUCCGCUGAUAAUGCCGAUGCCGCCAUCAUAGGACAUGACCCUAACUUCUCAGAGACCAUAGACGAGAGCAAGAAAGAGUGGUUCAUCUAACCAAACAAUGCAAAAGAGGGAUUCAGGAGCCGGGGGUUUACUGUAAUCUGCACACUUUGGGGUGGCUUUUUAAAGAUUGGGGCAAACAGGGAAAAGGGAACGUCAACAUGUCCCUGCUGAGCAACUGUGUAUUGUGGAUGGCUUUUGUUAAAUGUUUCAUGGUGUUUGGGAGUUCGCAAAAUCGUCUCAGUGUUAUGUCACAUUGAAGCACACAGCUUUACCAUUUAUUUCACCUGGUUUUGGGUAUCCAAAGUCUGCCACUUGUGUUUUCUUCCUUAAACUCCCAAACAGCCUUGAAAUUAAUGUUAUGGACACAGGUAUUCCAAAUGGCCUGUGUGAAUAUUUUCUAAUUCAUAAAUGAUACAUGCAUAGAACAGAUUUACUUUACUCGACAUUAGAUUGUAUCCAUGUUAUUUCAGUUGGUAUUGAACAACAAAAAUAACGGCUCGGUUCAAGGAUGGCAUCAUACUCGACCAUCACGCAUCACUGCUCCUCGUAACAGCAUGUUCGAGUUGCCAGACAGUCCAGUCUUAACAUUCUUACUUCUGCUGAGUUUUUCUACAUGAAAACCUUGUUUGGAGGGUGCGGUUGAUCUUUGGCACACACAUCAUACGCAAACCUGGGACAGGAGUGGUUCUAUACCCAGCUGCGUUAUCUGGCUUAAUCCAAGGUGCCUUGGGGAUGCGGCCACUUAGCCUUCAAGAUGAAGGGCGCAGAGGAGUGUACUCCACCAUCGGUGGGAAUGUGUUUUUACUAUGUGGGUUAGCCACCAAAGGACUGUUCACACACACAUGACUUUGUGGGAUCUCUACUAGGGCCAAUACCCUCCACUACUAGAUUAGUAUUGCAAGCAACUCAAUUUUAUGACACUUUUUUUUUUUUUAAUUUCCAUUUUCUCUAUCAUUUGUAAGCUAAAUGUUACCUUUGCUGUUACUGUCCGGUCAAAAUA